CUGUUCCUGAAGACCUGCAGAAAUUCCAGUGGCCUGGUGAAAAUCAGGAGCAGAAUGAAUGCAAAGUCCAGUGCUAAAAUACACCACUGGGUACUGGACGUGGGAGGGCCAAGCUGUGGUUCUGUCAUUGACUCUAUGGAAGACUUCUUGCCAGCCUACUAUCUUCCCAUUUGGAAUGUGGAAAAUGGGGGUACCUUCCAUAUGGCAACUGGACCCAACCCACAGGGAGGUGUGUUGCUUCCCUGGGGUCCAGGUAAGGGACAUUGAAAAAAAAUGUAUGGUAUCAACUGGGAUGGCCCACUGAUUAUUACCCUCUACUGGUUUUCCACAUAGGCAGCAGCAAGGUCCCAACAAGAAGGCUGAGAUCACAGAGCUCAUGUGAAGCAUUUGGAGAUGCUAAAAGAUCCAUUUCUGCUGAAAUACAGUCUUGUUGAUUAUCAUGACUGUGUUAGGAAUGUCUCCAAGAAAUCCUGUAAGUGUGAUGAGAACUUUUGGGCUCAGAUAUUUCAUGAGACAUGAGCUUUUUACUCUGCUCCUUGUGUGUUUUUCCAAUCAGUGAGGAUAGCCCUUUCUAGACCAUGUGAAUUCUGUUUCCCGUGGAGCUGGAGCCCACAGCUCAUAGAGGGAGGGAGCAUUGUUCCCUAGCAACCAUCUCUGCUCUUCAGCCCUCAUCCCACCUCAAUACUUGGACUUCAGCUGGGCCUGCCUGCUUGUACAAACCACCAGUCACCACACCAGGGAUCAUGGACCAGAAAUGUCAAGAUCAGGACAAUGCAGCAUUUGGAACAGAAGAAAAAGGACCCAACAACUGUACUGAAAUGACAAAAAGCUCCUUGGCCUGGGCAUCUCUUUCAGAUUACCACCAGCUGGGUUACAACUUGGCAGUAAAUCUCUUUCAAGGUGGCCCACUGAAGAGCCAAAGCUUGAUGAGAGAUUCCUACACCCCUGAUGUAUUUCAGAAGUCAACCAUAGAUCCCAGACAUUGGCAUGGGAAAAAAAUUACUGAGCUAGGGAGAUGGUAUAAGAAGCAUUUCCUAGCUAUUAACGUGCAGAAAGCAAUGAAGGAGAAACACGGGGGGAAGUAAGAAAGGCAGUUUCUAGAAGAUGAAGGUUGAAGAUCAGAGCGCAUUCAACGAGUUUUUCUUCCACCGUCUAAUAAACGUGCCUGUGAAACCUGAACCCAUUGCCUGCUAGCUGGCAAGAGCAGAUUUGUUCCUGGUGCUUUCUCCCCUCUCUGUUAAAGUGUCUCUGGGGAGAGCAGUGUGAGAUAAAUCUGAAUAUGCAAACAAAAAAAUAAAAAACACUUUGUUGGUCACUGGUACAGUGGGAAGGUUUAGAGUGUGGGGCCCAUACCCUUGCAGAAGGAUGUGGUGUAGAGAGGAGCCAACACAGAAAGUCACCUGCUCAGCAUGUAAGGUGAAGCAGGACCUGGGAGUGGUGUAAGAGGGCAGUGGUGGGAGGGGUAUGUGUUUGUGAACAAAUUCAUGGUUACCAGAAGAUUCGGGACACUUUGACAGCUGCCUUAGCACUCUAGAGUACAGAGGAUGCACUGGGAAGCAACCAGGGUUGUCCCAGCAGCAGAAAUGUGCUAAAGCAAAUGGAAAUUCACCUGAGGAGACAUCAGGCUGUUUGUGAAAGCUCACGCUAUUUACAGGCCAAGCCAUUGAAAGUAAAACCAAGGAAACAACAGCUUAUGCCACCUAAAGAGGACAAGAAAGCUGCAAGAAGCCUCAGGACUCCUCCAAUGCACAGAUCACCCCACAAUGUGCAUGUACCCUUACUGAAGCUGUCAUAAGCCCCACCUGCCCCUGACAGCCCUUUCCCUAGCUCAGAGGUGACUCUCAGGCAGAAGCACACACGUCCAGUCUGUACAACCUGGAGUUCAGGGGUGUAUCUGGGCAGGAAGUAAGGACCACCCAAAGCUUGAAUGAUGCAGGAUAUGAAGGGCCUUUAGUGCUUCCUGAUAUGUUUUUCUCACAAAUCUAAUGGACUUUAUUUCAGGACUCUGCCUUCCAGCUCCAAAACGUAGCCAUUUGGUGCAGCAAUCACAAAGUACAUUUCUGGGAAUAGAGAUGCCCUGUUCUUCCCUGUCUGGUCCUAAGCUCUCACCAUUUUAGAAGAUUGAUGCUUUUCUCAAUAAUAUGAACUGUUUUGGGACAGAAUUAGGAUUGUUACUUCACCAUUGGCUGGUGAUUAAAUGACAGUAUGCUAACUUUGUUAAAGCAGUGAAGGAGGCUAAAAUUUAACUAAUAUGAUAAUCAAGUGAUAAUCAUUUUCCACCACCAAUAAUUAACCAGAUAUUUCCAGGCAGAUGUCCAAGUCUUUUAAAUUAAGGAGACUGGCCAAAUUGCAGCUUGUAGAAACCUCCCUGUGGGUUUGCUUUGUACAUCAGUACUGAGUGACUGCUGUCUGAGCACACACCACUCUCACCUCCCCUGAACUGCACAGCUCUGUAGGAACAGCCACUUCUCUGUGUUGCAUCCAGCAUUGAUGGCCAAUAUAACUCCAGGUACAUAAUGAACCCUGCCUUCUGAGACCACAGCAGGUCCUAAUCCAGACAAUGUGAAGCUGAACAGAAUUCUACUGAUGUUGUUUGGCAUACUGGAAGCAGGCAGUUCAGGGCACAGUGAGCUAAUAGGCCACACAUAAUGUGGGAUGAAUCCACACCUAGAUGUACAAAUGUGUUUCUACUAGACAUUAAAAAUGCCUAUUAGCCAUUAGAAAUAGACACUAGGGCAAGCAGGCAGACUGCAGGAUUAUGGUUCAGCAGGAAGCAAAUGCCCUUUUGCUAUUCAUGAAGGGCUCAUUAAGAGAGUAGAUCAGAAGAGAAAUAGACUGAAAGGUCCUGUUGGUGCACUAUUGGGCACAAAAUGGGGUGUUUGCCUCUUGAAGUGAAAUGAAGUCACUGUGUACACCUUUUAGAAAUGAAAAUAUUUUACAAACACUUAAAUAGUAUAAAAUACUUGGUGUUGUACAAUGCACUCAAAUGGGUGACGGCUGUUUGAUGACAAAUGAACGUACCUGUGUCAAUCCCCCUUCAUCUUCUUUGCUUUGCCAAAUGGUACAGCUCAGCCAGGAACAAACACUUUCAGACAGGUGAUACGUGAAUGCUGCAGAGAUAACUGAGAUUAUAGCUUUCAGUGAGGCAGCACAGCCACUGGGUCAAUCAAUACCUGAAGUCUUUGAGUGCUGAACAGAUUAAUUUAGCCACAGCCUUGGCAAGGAGCAUUUUCCUGUGUGUCACUUUUUUUUGUAGAGUGCUUUGGGUAUCCAAACACAUAUAUGGAAAGCCAGCCUUGGAAUCUCCAGGUACCAUGUCAUAUGCAGUUAGAUAAGAACAGAGCUGAAGUGAGUGCUCUUGCUCACUGCAGCUGAACUCUCCCUUCUAUCCAUUCUUUGUCCCUCAACAGUUCAUUCCUUCUUGCUUGUUUUGUGCUGGUGUUGGCACUUCCCUGCCCACGCUCUGAACUGAGUCAAAUUGAUAAACCAGCAGAAAAUCAAUAUAGAAGGAAAAACAAAACAAAACAAAAGUUAACAGGAUAACCAAUUAAAGUUUCUAAGCAAAGGACCUUGUUGCAGACAAGGCAAUGAGUGAUGGGAUAUGCAGAUGUUGGGAAAGAGGAGUAGAAGAAGAGUGGAGGUGGAAAUGGCCUUUCACUGCCUUUUAUAUGCAGCAAGAAAUUAGUUUGCCUCCACUGUAUUGUCUCAUAGAACGUAGUGCUUUGCAACAUAGGUAGCCCGUAUUUAAGUGAUUUUACAGAGUCUGAUCGUUGGGUGGCAGCUCUGAGCCAGUGUUUUUUAUUUGACAAGUCAAAUUGGAAAAAAAAGAUGUUCUUCUCUGGUUUAGCUAAACCGUUCACUGAAAUUGGUAUUUAAGAACUGUUUAUGUCACCUCUAAACAGUCAGUGCACUUGAAAUAUAAUCAGACUACAAGGAUUUGAAGUAGAAGAAACCAGUUUCACCCCAGCUUCUGCAGCACUCUCCUCACAAAUAUUUCUAGCAGUAAUGGCUACU